CACCAUUCCGCGCGCUACGUCAGUAUAAACCGUUGACAAUUCCCCCCAAAUUCGCCCCGCCAAAUCAUUGAUGAAUGAUGCCGAGUGACAGUGCAUACAAUUGAUACUUCACGCCGGCGAACAACUUUGGUGAUAUUGACCUGCAUACCUCUACACCAACAUAUCCUCGUCAAUUUGUCUUAGGCACCCAAACUUGCCCCUCUUCGUCUCUCAUAACACCAUCAUAGCAGUCCUCUUGCAACAACCAUCACCUCCAGCAGCGUGAUCGACUCUCGCACAACCUCACGCGUCAAUCAUGGACGAACAGGUCUCGACGUUUUGCGCCUUCACGAGCGGCACGCCUGAGCAAGCUCAACGAUAUCUACAGCUCACCGACGGCAAUGUCGAACAAGCCGUCGAACUCUUCUUCUCCAGUCCCGAUCUCGGCAACACAACAGCGCCCACGACGACGACCACAACAAACACUCAGGCUGCCCAAAGGGAACCGACACAGUCAUCACGACCAGUACGAGGUGGUAGAGACGCCCCGAUCAACAUCGACGACGAGGACGAGGACAUGGACGAUUUCAAUGAGGACGGCGGUGACGACGAUUUAGAAGAGCUGGGAAGUCGGCCGAUCCCGACCCGAUCGGGUCCUUCUGUCGAAGAUGACGAAGCCAUGGCGAGGAGGCUGCAAGAGGAGAUGUACGGUGGCGGAGGAGGUGGAGCACAUGGAGGCGACGACGUGCGCGCGCCUAUGGCUCGUACAACAGAGACACUCAUCGGACCUGGCAGUGGGGACUGGCGAGACGACCCUGACCAGAUGAACGCCGCAAUUGCUCAACAGCUUAUGGCACGGAAUCGCCCACGGAACCAGGCGCCUGGAAUUUUCAACCAGCAGCAGACAUCGUCGAUCUGGAACACCCCUGAUGACGCGAACACAUCGGAAGCUCGUCGUCAGGCCUUGUCGAGCGCCACGGGAGGUGCAUCCGAUGCCACGCCCAAAGCAAAUCACUUGGCCGAGCUUUUCCGACCUCCAUUCGACUUGAUCUCACCACUCUCGCUGUCAGACGCUCGGGAUGAAGGAAAGGAAACCGAAAAGUGGAUCCUGGUUAACGUUCAGGACCCUUCAAUCUUCGAUUGCCAGGUACUGAAUCGUGAUAUCUGGAAGAAGCCCGAAAUCCGCGAUACAGUCAAAGAGCACUUCAUAUUCCUACAAUUCGCAAAGACAGAUCCCCGCGGUCAAGAGUACAUCAACUACUACUUCUCGAACAUGCGGGACUCCGACGAUGCCUACCCACAUAUCGGCAUCGUCGAUCCGCGCACCGGCGAGCAAGUCAAAACCUGGUCUGGCUCACCGAGUCCAAAGCCCGCCGAUUUCCUGAUGGAGAUUUUGGAGUUUCUAGAUCGCUACUCGCUCAAGAUGGAGAAGAAGAACCCGGUGCAGGCCAAGCGGAAGCAGGCGAGGAAAGACGUCGCGGCGAUGAGCGAGGAAGAGAUGUUGGAGAUGGCCUUGCAGAACAGCCUGACCAAGGGCGCGACAAACAGCACUUUUAAGGAAGAUGAUCCCGAUGCCCUCACCAAAGCGGACCAGGAAGACGGCAAGAGCACAAGCCAGGCGGGACCAAGCACAGAUACAGCAGCCACAAAAGAAACAAGCAGCAGCGCCACGGAACCUGUAGACACCCCAUUCUCCCGGAUAUCGGCUUCAAAUCCCCACACCGAGCCGACAUCAACCAACCCCCAAGAGACAACACGCAUCCAAUUCCGCCACUCCGGCGGCCGCGUGGUCCGCAGAUUCUCCCUGACAGAUCCCGUGCGGAGGAUCUACGAAUGGUUGAAAGCCGAACCGCUGGACGACUCGGCCGGGAAAGACUUCGAACUGAUCAGCAUGGGCAAGAAUCUGAUCGAGUCGCUGGACACGACGAUCGCGGACGCACAGCUCAAGAACGGGACGGUCAUGGUGGAAUUCGUGGAUGCGGAUUGAAGGAUAGCUGGUUCGGUGCCUAUAAACAUUGGGGUGAUUUAGGACACAGAGCGUGCGCGUGCAUCAUGGGAACUUGUUUUUGUUUUAGACCAUAGGCCAAGUCCGGCCUUUUUUUCCCCUCGAGAAAUUUGCUCUUCGGCUGCGACAGAGGUAAUGAUGCCAGAUAGGCCUAGCUUCAGACGAGAGAGAUGUGAAUGAACGAAUGAAUGGAUGAAUGAAUGAAUGAACGAGAAGGCUCGUGCCACCGGGCAUUUCUCAAUCGGCAGACAUGCUCUAAGCUUUUUUUUUCUUUCUGUGUCGAGCCAGACCACAUGGUCUUCUUCUGUCCCACGUUGAUCGCAAAG